AAAAUCUUAUGGCAUCCCUUCUCGGUAAUUGACGGACGAGUUGUGCUUUUUGCGUGCAUUUUAUUUAUAUUUGUUAUUUGUGAUCUGACUGGUUUGUCAUUUAGGUGUGAUUAGGUUUUUAAUAAAGGUUACGGUCACGUUGUUCAUGAUCAACUUAAUUAGUCACAAAACGGCUGAGAUAUUGACUUAUUUUAAUAACAUAAAGUUAAUCAUUUGCAAGUUUUUAGACAAAUCCGACAUCAUGGGAGAUGAAAUAAAUAAUAUUAAAACUAUAGGAAUAUGGAUGUCUGAGAAAAAAAGUCAAAAGCUCAAUUGGAAAGAACUAAUAAGCGCGUGUGCUUCCCAUGGUUACAAUGUUGUAAAGCUGGACUUGGAUAGGCCACUCGAAGAUCAAGGUCACAUUGAUAUAUUCCUGCACAAAUUAACAGAUAUAAUUGCUGCAGCGGAUCAGGGUGACAGCAAGGCGUCUACAAUCAUUGGCAGGGUGGAGCAGUUCUUGUCAAAUCAUCCGAAUGUUACUGUUAUUGAUCAACUGAAUAAUGUCAGGGUGUUGCUAAAUAGGCAUUGUUACUAUUCCAUAUUACAAGAAGAACCGUCAUUCAGAAAACAAGGAAUAUUCACACCUAAUUUUGCAGAAUUCACAACAAAUAACAUUGAACUCAAUAUUGAAAUAAUGAGACAAAGGGGUGUCAAGUUUCCUGUAGUGUGCAAACCUACAUUGGCACAUGGGUCGAAAUCAGCUCACGAAAUGAUUAUUAUAUUCAAUGAAAAGGGUUUGAAUGUGUGUAAACCGCCAUGCGUUGUUCAAAGCUUUGUGAACCAUAAUGCAGUUUUACAUAAAGUGUUCUUAGUAGGAGACAGGUACCACAUAAGUGUGCGGCCGAGUCUCAAAAACUUUUCUGCUUCAGCAGAUUUAGAACCAAUAUAUUACAGCACCGGUGAAGUGUGUAAAGCGGAUAGCCAAUCCACACUUUCUAUAUUAGACCCACAUGAUAAGUCUGAUAUAACAAUGACCCUUAACGAGGACAAGAUAAAGAGCAUCAUUAGAGUAUUGAAGAAAAAAAUUGGUUUGCUCUUGGCUGGUGUUGAUGUUGUCAUAGAUAAUGUAUCAGGUAAUCAUGCGGUAAUAGAUAUCAAUGUGUUCCCAAGUUAUGAUAACUUUCCAAAUUUUUUUGAACACCUUUUGGAUUCAAUUAAUGAACUGACACAGAAUAAUGUGUAUAGAAAUGGUGAUUGCAAUGGUGUUUGUGACGUAACGGAUAGUCAAACAGUGAACGGAUUAUACAAUGUGGCACUGGACCCUGUGCAAUAUGGUGUUACUGGCAUGAAUGUCUCAUAAGUUAUUAUUUUUUGUGAUUAUAAAACAUAUUUGUAUUAUUAUGUAUUUAAUCUACACAUUGUUAUACACUUCUUUUUAAAUAUAUAAUUAGGAUAGUGUUAUAUUUUUGCUACAAGUACUAAUGUAAUCUCGCAAUACCAAUCAUUAUUAUUGAUGCUUCUUAGUAUGUUAAUGAUCCUUUGUACCUAACACGGAAAUAUUCUAUUUGAACAGUGAUACAGUAGGAAGGUGUAUAUUAUGAAUGAUUUGUGUAUUAUCAGUCGAGUCCAUGCGAACGCACGGAUUUGGCGUCUCCCUCACGCCCUUCGCACACAUGUUGCGUAAUUUUAACUACAAGUACAAAAUGCGUCGUGUUGUGCGACUUUGUUCAGUAAUAUAUGGGUCCAUAACGAUCUCGAACAGACUUCGGAAUACGCAACGAUUACGUAGUGUUUGUAUUAGACACAAUAUGUUGAAGGGCGUUAAUGUUCUCUGUGAGUAGGAAGUGUCCACAUUGUGCGCACCAAGCUAGUAUUAUGUCCUAUGAAACAGGAUACGAACGUUCGCGUCGUUUGAUUUUGGUUGGUCGAGAUUAUGACAUGUGACUCGCUCGUUAGAUUCUCGACCAAUCACAACCAAAGGUUGGUUCGUGUCGUGUUUCAUACCACUAUCGUGUGAACUCGUGCGGUUCGUGUGGAAACUCCAAUUGGUUAAGUUUUGCAACGGUAUUCUGUGUGUAGUGCCUACAAUGUAUGCAAUGUGCAUUAUGUAAUCUCUAGUACGAAUAAGUAUUUAAACUAUAGUAGACAUUUGUAAUUAUACUUGAAUUAAUUGAAUAAUGCACUCGAAAGUUUAAUUUGUAUAUGGAAGAGUCAGACAGCUCUCAGCAAUCUUUAUGGCAUUUAUACCUAAUGACUUAUUACCGUUUUAAGUAAACGUUCCUAAUCCCUUUUUUCGAUCCAUCGCGAAAAUUAAAAUAAAGUUUUUUUUGAUAUUACAGUUGAUUUAUUUUGGUUUGUUCAUUUUUGGGAUCGGAUCGAAAAUUUGGGUUAGAAUCGUUUAUUGAACACCCGUCAGUACCUCAACAACUAUCACCCUUUAGUCUAAUUUAGACUAAUUUGAGAACUUAAAGAUUGAUGAUAGCUGAAUGUGGAUUCAAUUAAUUUCUAACUUAACAUUAUUUAAAGUCACAAUCAUUCUUAAAGUUGUUAAAACUUCGAAUAUUUAAUUAUACUAAUCACCUACGAUUGACAUUAAUUGGUUACGGUGUUCGAAACAAAUUUAAUUCUUCACUGGAACAUAAUCUAGUUGUAUUUAUUGGCUUUAAGACUGAUGUACGUAUAUAACACGUUUAGUAGUUUUACUUUACAUGUGAGUUAUUUGACCCCAUUUAUAUUCUACAUUGUUAUACACUAGUUAUGUAAGUGUAUCCAUAUUGUUCGGAGUUAGCAGGUGUUACGUUUUGUUUAGUGCACUUGUGUGUAAAUGUCGCAACUUCACAAAUUGAAACCGGUUAUAAAAAUAAAGGGACCAUCUUAUCUCUAGCCGCUUUGUGUUUAAAAUUCGUUUAUCAACAGUAUGCAUUUAUUUGAGCGUUUGAUUCGCGAUAUAUUUGUAUGUGAAUUUUGUUGCAGCGUGGAGUAAUGUAGUUGUUUUUGUGAGUUUAACGCAGUAGUAAUCUAUCGGGAAAUUUCGAUAAAUAAUUCCAAUCGUAUCGUUAGUGGAAAUGGACCAAUGAAAUUAACGUUAGUUUGAAAUCAUUACAGAUGACUUAUUGUGAUUGGUUUAUUCUUGCUUAUAAUCUGAAGGCAGGAUUUGGGAUCGUUCAUUGAAAUCGGCGAUAUAUAAAAUGCGCGCAGUACACUGAAUUGAUGCGGUUAAAUUUUAAAGUGCGUUGCAAAAUAAAUAGUUUUGAUGUAAAAGUUAAAAGUGCAGUCUCUAUUCCUUGUGUUAAAGCGUAGCGUGGGUUCAUGCUCAAAAAUCAUUUAAUCGCGAGCUAAUUUUAUGUUAUGGAUUCCGGUAACCGAUAACUCAAUUCAUCAUAAUGUAAUCUAUCAUAGAAAACUGUAGAAAAUCUCUACCUCCUUUGGGAAACAUUGUAUGAAAUAUAUUCUUUGUAUUCUUUUAUAUUACCUUAAUUUCUAUCCUGAUCCAAGCCUAUCAUUCCGAAUUUAUUCAAAUGAAAUAAAAUAUGUAAAUGCUUUAUUUGAAUUAGAGUUUUUAAGUCUAGCCUAACUUGGUUACAAUGCAACUUCGUUACAAAUUAGUGGGUAUUGAGAAAUAAAAAUUGACAACAUAAAUGAUUCAAUAUGUCACAGUUGUGAAUAUAUUUAUGUUGCUUAUAAAUAAAAAUACAUAACCAAGUAACACUGCCAUAAUGUUGGGCCCUGUUUCUGUCACGCCGAUAUUUUGAGCCAUUUAUGUGAUAUUUAGAACUGUUAAGUUGAAUGUUUGUUUUGAAAGCACUUUUUGUAUGGUUUCUUAUGAAUUGUGGAUAUGAGUCAAUUGUAUUUUUUGUCUUGUGGUAUUUUACUAUUUUACGUUUAAUGUUGCUUUGCGAUUUGUAGCGGGGCAGGAGCGGAACUGCGGGAGCGAUAUACGCUCGUCUCUUAGGUAUAUUCCGCCUAGCUUGCCUUUAGAAAUUUAGUGUUGCAAGAAAUAAAUUAAAUAAAGCGUUUACCAUUUAUUUAAAAAUGUAACCCCAACAAAAUCAAUAGUGGAAACAGAAUAUUGAAAAAACGCAUUAUAUUCACGAUUAAACGGAUUUCCUCGAAUUUUAAUAAAGUCAUCUUUUGUUGAUAUUAUUGUGAUUACAUAAAAAUAUGUAUUCAAUUAAUAUAACUCGCUCCCGUUUAUAGCGCAAAAUAGUUUUGCGGAUUUUUUCCGCACCCGCUCCCGCUGCAUUUACCUGAAAUGCAUUCUAUCAUUCCAUAAAUCUUUUUAUAUCUAUGGUGACUGAUGGAUAAAUCCUGUAAAGCUUAGCUUUAGUUAUAUUAUUUACUAAAUCGUGUGCUUGUUUUUUAUGAGAUUAGAUGGAUAUUCAUAGAACCGGUGUUAGUAUUACUGGCCUAAGGAGUUAGACCAAGUGAAGUGUCCACUUUAGGUGCAGGACGAAAUUAUUGCCAAAUCACUGUUUUGGAUACUCUAUUGCUAAUUUCAUGACAUCGGAGAUGCACAAGAAUUUGCUUUAAAAAGCGAUGUUUAAACGCUCACAAAAAAGUGAUACUAAGUUCUAUUUUGGCGUAACCAGCGGCCAGCGAGGACAAUUCAUAUUAAGUCUUUGUAAAGAAUCUUUUCUAAGUCAUAAGUUUAUUAAUUUAAGAUCCUGUAUGAUAUUCGGUUAGUAGUAGAUAUUAUUACCUACUACCCUAUGUAUUGUCGACCUGCUAAAAUAAGAAUUAAUAAAAAUAAACUUUAUUCCAUAUCCAUUAAAGUCGCUCUCAAAGUGCUGCUGGCAGCCGCUUAGUAGUUGACAGCAAUGAAUGGGCGUGCAAGUAAAAUUUAAGAGCACUUUCAUAGUUUUUAAGGAGACAACGUGUUGGUAUUAUUUUUACAAAUGACGUAAAAUGGUUUUAAUUAUCCUUUUUGUAAAGCUUCCGUUUGUCAUAAGUCGGCAGUAAUCGUGUAGAUAGGCCCUUAAUAUAUCCAACUUUAUCUGUUAAUACGAAACUAAAUAUGAGACUACAAACCAUUGUAAUUAAAUCUUUAUGUAUUUUUUUCUAUGACCAGCGAUUUCAUGUUAUGUUUACGUAAUAUUUGUCAAUUUAUAAUCAUAACGCCUAUAAACAUGAAUUUUCAACUUGGGCACGUCGUUCCUGUAAUAAUCGUUGGUCGAUAAUAACAAAAUGAAAUAAUAAUAAUAAUAAUUUUUUUUUACCGCCUGUCAACAUGUUUGCAGUAAUUGUAAUUGUUCAAAAUAAAACAUGGUUCAUAAUACUGCCCCUAAAAAUGUUAUACAGUAUGUUAUAUAAUAUUAAGGACUUCUCAAACUGUUUAAAAAUGUAACCUAUUAAAUGCUACGUAGCCUUAUACAACUCUGUAUAUUGACAUAUUAAAGUUUGAUAAAUUUCAAACACAUUUACCGCGAAGGAAUAUAUCGUCUGUUGUAAAACGAUAGUUAUACGAAGCCAAUAUGAAUAUACAAUACCAAUAAACUAUUUUAAACCAAUAUAACAUUCAUUUAUUA